AUGGGCAAAUCCCAGUCCAAGCUUUCCCAAGAGCAGCUUGCUGAACUGCAGAAGUCGACCCAUUUCGACAAGAAGGAGUUGCAACAAUGGUACAAGGGCUUUCUCAAGGACUGUCCAUCGGGCAUGCUCACUAAGGAGGAGUUUCAGAAGAUUUACAGACAGUUCUUCCCGUUUGGCGAUCCAAGUUCAUUUGCAGACUACGUUUUCAACGUCUUCGACAGCGACAAGUCAGGAAGCAUCGACUUCAAGGAGUUCAUAUGCGCUCUAAGCGUUACGAGCCGCGGAAAAAUGGAGGACAAACUCGACUGGGCUUUCCAGCUGUAUGAUAUCGAUGGCGACGGGAAGAUUAGCUACGACGAAAUGCUCAAGAUCGUCGAGGCGAUUUACAAGAUGGUUGGCUCCAUGGUUAAGCUUCCUGAGGACGAAGACACCCCCGAGAAGCGGGUACGGAAGAUUUUUCGCAUGAUGGACAAGGACGAGAACGGCAGUCUCGACAUGGAAGAAUUCAAGGAGGGUAGCAAACGUGAUGAGACCAUCGUAUCCGCCCUGUCUCUGUACGAUGGCCUGGUGUAA